UGGCAAAAGUGCUGAGAUGCGUCCCAAACCCAAGUUAGUGAUACCCCGGAACCGACAGAACAUGGUUUCAUCCAAUAGAAUAAUGGUCAGUAUGACAGCAACAGCUGCCGUGAGUCCAAGUGAGUACCUACAGCCAGCUGCCAGUGCCGGGCAGGAUGCACAGCCCUCACCCCUGGCUCUCCUUGCAGCCACAUGCAGUAAGAUUGGCCCCCCCGCUGUUGAAUCUACUGUGACAUCUGCAGCGCCACCUCGACCAGCACGCAAGAGAUUGGUACCUAUUAAGCCAGCCCCUUUACCCCUGAGCCCUGGCAAAACUAGCAUUGGGCUGUUUUCCCAAGCCAAAGGAAAUAUUAUUCAGCUCCAAGCCCCUCAAUUAAGCACAGUGGGCACAGGGAGUGGGCAGCUUAUCUUCACCAUCCAGAACCCAGGGGGCAAGAUCGGACGAUACCAGACUGUACAGAGCACCAACCAGGGUCUGCAGAACAGCUUUGGUAAUCAAAUCCAGCUCAUAAGUGAUGGUGGGACAGCUCUUCUUUCCCCCUCUACUAAUACAUCCAAACAUGUGCCCAUCAAGCCUGCACCUCCUCAACCAAGCAGUACCCUGGUUAAAGUGCCAAACAAUCCUGGCACUGGCCUCACCCUAACACUGCCCAUUAGUAAUUUUUCAGAUUCCACCACAGAUACUGGCACUCAGCUCGUCUCAGGAAAGCAGAACAAAAAAGUACGUAAGAAGCCACCCCCUUCAAUACCAGUUCCUGGUUCCCCCAAUCAAGAUCAGGUGGAGACUGUGGUGAUUGAGACAACAGCAGAGAACAUUUUGCAAGCAGGGAACAACCUGUUAAUUGUACAGAGCCCUAGCACUGGCCAACAUGCUGUUCUUCAAGUGAUGCAGCCCAAGACGGACACCCAACUGGUGCAGAUCCCCCAGCAAGCUCUGAGAGUAGUUCAGGCUGCUUCUGCAACACUACCCACCGUGCCACAGAAGCCAGUACAGACUCCAGAGUGUACUCCCACACAGCUAUAUAUUCGAACAGCGUCAGGGGAUGUACAGGCUGUAGUGAUGCAGGAAGCUCCAGCUGCCCCCCAGCCUUGUUCUUCUAGUGCAGGACCUAUUGUAACACAGACUGGGACUCCUGUAAAGAACCCUUUACGCAAAGAGCGGUCCCUAGCCAAAAUUGCUCCAGCAGGGAGUCUGAUUAACCUGAAUACAACACAACUCACAACUGCAGCCCAGGGCAUACAGACCAUCAAUAUCAAUGGAGUUUCAAUGCAGAUGCCCGUCACCAUUACCAGCACUCCAGGACAGCCACAGCUCAGCGUGCAAAAUGUAAGCAGCGGUAACGUGGCCAUCAGUGGUCUUAGUCCCUCCCAGAUUCAGCUGCAGAUGGAACAGGCCUUAUCCGGAGAGCUCCAGCCUGGAGAGAAGCGGAGAAGAGUGGCCUGUACCUGCCCAAACUGCAAAGAUGGUGAAAAGGGCAGGUGGGGCCCCCCUGGAAGAAAAAGACACGUGUGUCACAUUCCUGAAUGUGGGAGAACGUUUCGCAAGACGUCCCUCUUGAGAGCCCAUGUCCGCCUGCAUACUGGGGAGAGGCCGUUCGUGUGCAAUUGGGGAUUCUGUACUAAGAGGUUCACCCGCAGCGACGAGCUGCAGCGGCAUGCACGCACGCACACAGGUGUGACAGGUGAUAAGCGCUUUGAAUGUCCUCAAUGCCAGAAGAGGUUCACAAGGAGCGACCACGUCUCCAAGCACUUCAAGACACACCUUGCCCUAAAGAAGCUGUGAUGCCAACAGAGCCCCCAGCCCAGUUAUGCGGAAUCCUUGGACUGACGCCAUUGUGCUCCACUUGGAGAACCCCAUUACCAUAAAUGUGGGCCAGUAAGCCUGAAAUCUGUUGGAACACAAUGCUUUGCCAAUGGGAUUCCCAGUAGAUAAAGGCACCAAUCCUCUUGCGCUGGUCAGUUGGCUGGGGGAGGGAUGCAGGUAGAAUGCUCGGUAGUGAAGCAAGCAGGGAGAGUAGAACCAUCCUUCCUGCACUCGCCCUCCACCCCUCUCUUUAGACAAGAUUUUCGGUUCCGUUAUAAGGGACCGUGGACAAAACAUUUUGCACAGACUAUGGAGAACUUCUGGAAGUCAGAAGAAUUAACCCAAGGAGAGGCACAAUAUGUUAGUGACAUCAACUUGCCAGCCAGGCUAGAACAUUCCCAGUUUUGUACUGCUUACCUCUGCAGGAAGGUGCCUUAUUACUUCCCAUCUACCAGUAAUUUUAUGUUAAAGCGUAUUUGAGCUAUGCUUUCCCUUUCCCACCCCCCCCAGAAAAUCCUGCGCAGGAGGAGCAAAAAAGGUCAGGCGAGUGUAACAGGAUAUGCCCCUCCUUCUGUAAUUUCCUUUCGAGGCAGCUAUGGCUUGAAAUCCCUACCCCUAACACAGACUCACCCAUGCUCUACAGCAUCGCUGGCUAUUUCUGAGCUAUUAAAUAACAGGGGGACUUUG